GCAAAAUCUGGUGGAUCAUUUCGGUAAGGACCUCAUUUAUAUCACGCAUCUGGGGCCCUAGUUCCGCCCUUAUCUAUGAGGCAUUAUGUAGGACUCAGCGCUAACCUUGCGCGCACGCUCGCGCGACAGCUCAACUCGAUAUCCUCCUUCGUAUCCGACAUCUCGUGGGCGUACGCGAUGCUGCUGACGACCCCGCUCGUCGUCACAGUGGGCCUGUCCCUGACGAUCCCGCUAUCGCUGAUCGGCGAGAUGAUCCAGUAUGCGCAGUACUCGAGCUUCGUCUACUGGAUCGGCGCCGCCGUCGUCCUCGUCUCCUUCAUCUUCAUCAACCACGAGAGCCACGAGGAGGAAUCCACGACAGGCGGCAAGGACGACGGCUCCGAUAGCGCGGCGAGAGAGGUGGGAUAACCGGCGGCAGCAGGGCUAUAUAGGGCAAAACCCACUUGAUCUCUCGCCAUCGGUCUACCUUGAAUUUCCGCUCGCGAUUUUGAUUAUUCAUGAUGAUCGUUGUCUAUUUAUUUUUAUCUCUAGAUGGGACUGGUAGGCCGGCGUCACGGGACCUGGGGGUAAACACGUGGGCGGGUGGAUUUGGCGGCUUCUCUCCACCUUGCCAGCGGUGCAUGGACACAGGGGCAGCAUAUCAGUCAGUUAUCAUCAUGGGUUUGCGCGAGUGCCGGUGUCGUGCCGCAUUUAUACAUGUAUAUGUGUACGGGAGAUCCCGAGAAGAGCAAAAAGAGAUGAACGGGUCAGAGAGACUUAAAACUUACGGUAUAUGUAGGCAUAUUUAUAUGUAUAUACCACCUCACCAAGAUACGAAGGCGAAUGUUCUAAGUAGAGGCAGGAAUAUGUGGAUGGAUCUCUGGAUCGACUCGCCAGCAAGGGGGCGAGAAGUACACGUCUAUUCCGAACGGCCCCGUUGCUGUGACGUGCAUGGUUCGGCAGGAAACUGACGGGUCCAACUCGGCCAUCAUAUCUUCUCGUUGCGCCGCGAUCGCCUUGGCGAGAUCUGCUGUCGCCUCCUAUUGAAGGAAAUUGAGAUAUCAUACGCUGC